ACGACUGGUUGAAGGCCUGCAAGCAAGAGUCAGAUCCCUGCAAGAACGGCGGCUACACGCAGAAGGACUGCAGCUGCGCGUGUCCUCUUGGCACGUCUGGUGACAAGUGUGAGAAUCUCGACAUGAACUACAAUGAUGCUCUGGUGCAAAAGUUCUCCCCGAAUACCGCGAUCAUCAAGACCUCAGGAGCAGAAGUUGUCUCGCCUGGCUACCCUAAACAAAAAGGAUUGGGAACGCUGAAGUACACGCACGUAAUGCAAGCUCCUGAGUGCCACAAAGCGGUGGCCACCUUCAGCGACUUCCAGAUUGAUCCUCGCAGCACGGAGAAGAACUGCAAGGAUGCUUAUCUGGAAAUCCGCACUGACGUUUCUGUUGUGAAUGGUGAAAUAUUUUGUGGCGAAGAAAUUAAAAACGGAACAGUGUUCAAGAGUGACAAGUCGGAACUCAUCUUCCACUUCUACGAUGGCGAUCCCCAACAUAAAGGCUACAAAGCCAUUUUCACCACCGAGGCCAUUCCCAACUGCCGCUGAUAACGUUUCUUCGACUGACAGAGCUGUGUUGGCAACAGGAAAUAAUUUGGUUUACAGUGUUGAAUAUUAACAGUUUUCUUUGAGUGUUGAAAAAUAAACUUGCAAGUUCUA